CCUUUUUUAUCAACGAAGAAGAAGUCUCAUCUUCCGGCUUUGUAGCGCCCUUUCACUGUAUUCUUGUCCUGAAAUUGGACAGAAAAAAUAACAAUAAACUGUCCCAACUGUUGUCACGUCGAAGCCCCAUCAGCCGAGGGGAGGAUUUGAUGUGACGCUUUGAUGUUAAAGGACCAAGCGAUGUCUGUGGUGUUUGACGGGAGUCCGCUGAAAGCGAUGCAGAGCUCACACACUCACACCCCGCAGACUGCCCUGAGCGCCCAGGAACUGUCCCAGGAGAUCAAGUCCUUCAUCAGUGGUGUUGAUACCGUUCAGGGCCGGAAGCUCAGUGUCCGGGAACACGCCCGCUGUGCUGUGCGGCUGCUGCGCUCCGUCCCGGCCUGCCGAGGGGCGGUGCUGGAGCAUCUGAGGAGUGUGUAUGAUGAGCAUGUUUCCGCCUUCCUGCAUAACCUGGAGACGGAGGGGGAUGCCAGCUCCGGGGUCAGCUCCAACCUGGAGGACAUCAUACAGGAGGUCCAUGGCGUGUUAUCAGAGUUCAUCCGGCUCAACCCCCGGGCCUGGGCGCCCCUGGUAUCUGCCUGGGCUGUGGACUUGUUGGGCCAGCUGAGCAGCAAGCACGCCGGCCGCAGGGUGGCCCCCCACUCCUCCAGCCUCAACGAGCUGCUCCAGCUCUGGAUGUCUUGUGCCGCCACCCGCUCCCUCAUGGAGGCCUACUCUCAGUGUUUGGCGGCCAUGCUGGCCUGGUGUCCCGACGCCUGCGUGGACGCGCUGUUGGACACCUCGGUUCAGCACUCCCCGCAUUUCGACUGGGUGGUUGCUCACAUCGGGUCUGCCUUCCCGGGUACUAUCAUCAGCCGAGUCUUGGCAUGCGGACUCAAGGACUUCUGCUCUCACGGUGCCAAGGACCAGGGGCUGAUGGUGAUGGGAGCGGACAAAGGCAGCAGAGUGCCCAAGAUCGGCUCGGUGGUGGGAAUCCUCGGACACCUCGCAGCGCACCACUCUGACAGCAUCAGGAAGGAGCUCCUCAGGAUGUUUCAGGAGAGCCUGAGUCCAUCGAGCCCUCUCUCUCCCACUUCGUCCUCCACCUCCUGGGAGAGCUCCCCUCAGCUUCGUCGAGCUGCGGUACCAUUUCUGCUGCAGCUGGCUGCAAUGUCCCCCAACCUCUUUGGUGCUGUGUCCGCAGAGCUGGUAGAGCUGUUACGCCCCCCUGUCCUGCUCCAGCUGCAGGCCUUGCUGCAGGGCCUCCCCAGAGAGGAACUGGAUAACAUGCUGGGGCUUGCUGUCCACCUCAUCAGCCAGAGUCCGUCUGGAGGGGCCCGGGUCCUCCGUUUUCUGGCAGACACUGCAACCCCGGCCUCAGUCAUCAUCUCCGGCCCAACGCCCUCCCCUCAUGAGGGAGUCAGAGAAGGUUGUGACCGCCUCCUCCAGAUGCUGCUCCUGCAUCUCCACAAACUGGUCUUCAACCGCUCAGACGGAGCUGAAGGAAAUCCCCAUCACUCUGCUUCCUCUCAGCCCCAGAGGGUCAUCCCCUUCUUGGAGGAGCUGCAGUCUCACGUGGGCGAGCUCUGUGCUGAGACACUGCGACUGGAGAGGAAACGUCACCUCUGGCUGCACCAGCUUCUGUGUCUGCUCUCAGUGUACGGGGGUCCCAGCGUGGCCACCGAGGCCCUCUGCCAGCUACUCACCCAGGCCCGCAACCCAGAGGAGCUGGCUCUGGCCUGGCAGCUUCACACCACGCUCUCCUCCUGCAUGGCGGGGCUCAUUCCUGCUGCUGUAGCUCGCUGCGUGGCCCAGAUCCACACUCACACCCUGGGGCCCCGGCAGCUGAGACAGCUGCUGCUCAACCUGGCCGCAGCCAUCCAGAGUCAGGAUGAGGAGAGGAGAGGAUCAGCGGGUGCUCAGUCCUCCAUGGCCAUCCAGGUGGGCUCAGCGGUCUCAGGACACCUCCAUGAUUUUGGCCCGCUGCUUCUCCACGGCGACCCGGCCGUGUCUCAUGCCACAGUGCGCCUCCUGUCCUGCAGCCCCCUACCUCGCACCUCCUCCCCAGCACACCUGCUCUUGCUCUCCCGCACUGCCGUCACCCAUUUCUUCCUAGCGCUGCGGAGGAGAGGAGAAGGGGGGAAGGUGGGGAGAGAUGGGGGACAGGCAGGCGAGGCUGUGAACUGUUCGGUCCUGCUCCUGUCUCGUUUCGCAGCGUACUCGCCGCUCACUCUCAAGGCGGUGCUUCAGCAGCUGGUUGAGGGAGCGCUGCAUAAAGGCAACACUGACCUGUUUGGAGGGCAGAUCGCUGACAUGUCUGGUGCCCCCGUGGCUUCUCCCUCUGUGUCCCCUGACCUUGGAGCCUCCCUGCUGGAAAUCAACUGCCGGUUCGGCACCACCGUCAACUUUUCUGGCAGCGUGUGGUCUGUAUUUCAUGCCGGGGUGAUCGGCAAGGGGCUGAAGGUCCGCACCGCUACACAGCUGCCAGACCCAUCUGGGGUCAUCCAGAACAUCCAGACUCUGCUGGCUGUUGUAGUCCAGUGUUGCAGCUCCUCUGGUCUCAACGGCUCUAUCAACGGCUCACGACCACCUGCUGACCCUGACGAGCCGCUGCCCAUCAACGCCGAGGCAGCCAAGGUUGUUGCAGUCACGUUGGUGGAAAACGUCUGCCCAGAUGUGGCCAAUGGCGAGCUGUCCUGGCCCCCGGAAGAGCACGCUCGCACCACCGUGGAGCGAGACAUCCACAUUCGACGUUGCUUUGAGGCCCACCCGGUGCUUUUCCAUCUGCUUCAGGUGGUGGCGGCCGGACGCCCGGCUCUCUGCUACUGCUCGGCUGUGCUCAGGGGCCUCCUGGCCACCCUGCUGGCCCACUGGGAGGCGUCCCGCGAUAUGUCAUCCACAGACUCCCCGUGGCACCUCCAGGCCUCCUGCAUCCUGGUGUCCUGCAUGGGAGAAGGCCAGCUCUUGCCUCCUGUCCUGGCCAAUGUCCACGAAGCCUUCCCCCACCUCACUCCCUUCGAGGUAAGGCUGCUGCUCCUGGCUGUGUGGGAAUAUGUGAGGGGCAAUGGACCAAUGCCUCAGAAAUUUGUCUUUAGCUCAGAGAAGGGCCUGUUCUGCAGGGAUUUCUCACGGGACGGCGACGUGGCGAGAUACGUGGCACCGAUUCACAGCGUCCUGCAUAAAAACAUUGAUAGAUUAGGACACCUGUGCUGGCGGUUCCAGCUCUAAAGGGCAGUGAAUUGUGAAGAGCAGGUGAGAGGGCAGAUACAGUAAAGUAGAUGUCAUACAGUGUUACAUUGCUCCAAGAGUGGACUGCAAAGUUCCUGUCACUGUACUUCAGUUUCAUACAAGUAGAGCUGUGUGCGCAAGCGUGUGUGUGUGUGUGUGUGUGUGUGUGUGUGUGUAACUUUUUGUACCAAAUUUGAUACAUUUCUAACAAGUUGUUUUUGUGAGAAAGACAAGGAGACAAGAGAAAUGGCACACAUGUAUAUUUUGUUAAUACAGAAUUUUUGCCACAUGAAAAACAGCCUUAAUAUUGUCAUUUUGGUUAGAAAAUACAAUGAAAUGCUAAAUCAUUUGUUUUUAUGAUUUCAGAUUGUUCAUGUUCUAAAAUUGUGGCUGCAAACAUGCCAUGCAUCUCUUGUUAUAUGUGCAAACCACUAUACAAAAUAAAUCUUCAUUUGGUUCUAGAGUA